AUGGCUACGCAAACCAUGACCAUGACGCUGCCUCGCACAAUUACUGCUCCACCACCUUCCCAUCACAGGACCUUCCUGUUUCAGCCGGUCCGCUCGAUGAGUGCUGGCAUUCAGAUCCAACGCAAGGAGACAGUGCAGGCACAGGUGCAUGCACCGCUUGAAGCAGAGAACAAGGAGCAGGUGACAGGCCUCACUGCCUGGCUGGGCCGUGUCGGAUUGCUGCCGCUCAAGGCAAGCAUCGAGGCAUGGGCCCAGGAUGAAGGUGCCGCCUUCGUGGAGGAGGUGCUGUCGAAUGCUCCCGCACUUGCGCAGGCACUGCAACUCACUGGAGACGAGAGCGAUCGCUUUGUGGCGCGGCUCAGGGGACAGCCACCGCCCCAGCCAGCUCCUCCCCGACCGACGCAGGUGAAGGUCCUGAAGAAAGAGAAGAUCCUCCCGGUGCACGCGUCGCCCUGCCCCUGCUGCGGCAAGCCUGAGCGGCUGCUUUGGGACGUGACCAUUGCCUCCCAGCACGAGGGCUGGGGCCGGAAGUGGAAUGAAUGCAGAUAUGCCUGCCCUCUAUGCCGUCGUCACAUCUCCCGUACGUUGCCUGUGAAUGCUUGCAGAGACUGCAAAGUGAUGUGGCACUCAGACUGCAACAAGGCUCUUCAAAUCGACAUUGAGGCGAAGAAGCCCAACCUAGGCCAGCUGCAUCUUUACGGAGCCGUUAUGAAGGUGACGAAGAGGCGUCAGGGGCCUUCACCCCCCGUGGCCACGCAGGCGCCGACGCCUAGGCUGCUGCGAACCAUCACGGCCGCGCCCGUGGUGGUGGCUGCACCAGGUGGUUGCCUGGAUCGAACAAGAACAAGUCCUCAGACUCCACAGGAGAUUCAAGCAGCGGCCGCUCGCGCUGCCAAGGCGUAUGUGCCGUUGAAGGCCUGGAACUUUGCAGCAAUGCCACUCAAGCAGAAGGUGCGCCAAAGUCCGAGAGAUGCACCCUUGAGCCGAGACGAGGUGCUGAUUGAGGAGACUGACGCACUGCCUGGUCAGAUGGACCGCCGUAUCAUUCUCGAACGACAGCACAGGCUAAGGGACGAGCGUCGCGAGAGAGCGGACCAGGAGUUGCUCAGACAACGUAUCCCCAGGGAUGAGGAGCUGGUGCAUCCUUUUCAGAAGGAGAUGGACGAGGAAAGGGAGGAGAGGAAGGUGAACCAUGUUGACAUCUCGAAGAAAGGCUUCUCAGGCGUCCAGGAGGACUUGAUGAGGGUGCACGGCGAGACCAUCAAGGAUAGCCUGGGCCGCGUCUUUGACGGGAAGCUGAAAAUGGAGAGAGCCCAGGUCUCACGGCCUGUGCAGGACCGCUUCAUGAGCGCCAUGGCAGAGGGGCAUCCCAUCAUGCCCACCUUCCAUGGAUCCAGUGCGCAGAACUACAGCUCCAUUUGUGAGCGAGGUUUGCUGAUCCCCGGGCGGGGCAACGAUCUCCGAGUGGCCCACGGCUCUGCGCACGGCUUGGGCAUCUACACGGCCAACGUGUCCUGCCCCGGACUCUCGGUGGGCUUCUGCACCGCUCCCAAGAUGCUGGUGUGUGGGGUUCUUGAUGACUCGAGCCUUGCAUCAAGAGCAAGGACCUGUGGCAACUUUUCGGUGAAGGCAGAGUCCAGAGUCGUGAAGCACGUGGGGGAUGCUGUGGUGGUCUUUGAUGAGAGUAGAGUGGUGCCACUCUGGCAGGUAUCCGCCAACAGCUUCCGAAACCGUUACUUGCGUGCACCUGCUCCUGCGACCCAAGGCGCCAACGCUGUGCUGGGCCAGUGGGCGCCGCCGGCGCAGGCGGCGUCGGCCUCGGCGACGUGGAACCCCAACCAGCAGGGGCCCACCAUGGGCCUGCUGGACGCAGGAAAGAGCAAAGUCUACCACGUGCAAACAGGCCAACUUGGAUUCCUGCCGCUGCAGCCCUCCGACUACCAUUAUGAGAUCCGGCAGAAGCGCGUGUUUGAGGACAAGGUGAGGGACAAGAAGAUGAAGUACUUGCGGCAAGAGAAGAUAGACCGGCUCCGGCUGUCGAACAUGGCCUCCUUGUACAUUGUACAGAUGUACAGAGCGUACGAGACAAGAGGCUCGUGGUGCGAGGAGAGAGGCCCGAGGCUCUGCAGGAGAAGGCUGCAAAUGGCGGCCCGUCUGGCGCUGGACGCCCAGACACUCGAAGUGGUCAUUGAGUCCAGGCAGAAAUCCUUCUACAGGAAGCUUGAGCAGAUCGAAUCUGCUGGGCCCGGCCUCACUGCCAUGGUGACGCGACAGGUGUUGCUCAUGCAGCUGGACUCUUUUUGGCAGCAGCAUCUCAAGAAUAUGGACUUCAUGAAGACUGGCAUGACACUGCGGGCCUACGGUCAGAAGAACCCCCUCACAGAAUACAAGUUGGAGGGCUACCAAGUGUUCCUGAAGAUGAUGUCCAAGAUCAGGCGGAAUGCGUUGUACAACGUAUUCCUCUUCCAGCCGCGGAAGCUGACCCCCAUGUCUCGUGAGCGCGUGAAGGGCCUGAUCCCCAACCGCGAGACGCGACGGAAGCAAGUGGCACAGAUUAAGAAGUCCGAGGGCUACAAGCUGGAGAAGGAAGCUCGAGGCGUGGCCCUGGACAAGGGCGCCGCUGCCCGCAGCAUGAACCUGGCGAGGCUGUCGCUGAACGUGAAACAGAUCUUGGAGGCUAGGGAAGGUCUGGGGGAGUUGGCCCUAGCGUCAUUUUCCGAGCUCAAGGAGACAUUUGCAAGAUCUGGGCUCUUGACGCUGGGUGAUCAGCUUGCCUGGGCACAGGCCUGCAGCGAAUUUGAAUUGCUGGAGGAUGAACUGGCCGGCGAAGUCUACAUCGGCCUUGUUGGCCGAGCAGAGCCUCAGGCGGCGCGAUCGCCUCCGGAGGUGGAUUUGGAGGACGUGGAUCCAGACCGUUUUACGGAAAGACAGCGCGAGGCCAUGAAGCUCUUCGAGAGCGCGCAGCAGGAUCCCAACUUCAUGCAGACCCUGGCCGCUUUCUCGGACAAGCCGGAGCUCUUCUUGAAGGAGCUGAAGGCAGCUUCGCAAGAGCAAGGCUGGACGCGGGAAGAUGUGAAGCAAAUGAAGGAGACCUAUGCCAUGAUGGGAAUCAAUCUGGAGACGAUGUUGCUGGCAGCUUUGCUCGCCCGCGACACGUAUCGCGAAGCAAACAUCCGCAGAUGGUUUAUCUUAGGGCAGAGGCUCCACAAGCGGAUCGCUGAUACCCACAGCAGUGACGUGACGCUGCUGCCCCGCGCCUAUGGCUUGGCCGGUUUCGUGCUGUGCUGCGUGCUGCCCUGCAGGUGCCUGGAGCGGAAGAGCCCAAGGCCGGCAUCCUUUGGAAGCCGCCAGGUCCUGCUACUUGGCCUCGACAACUCUGGCAAGUCAGCCUUUCUGUGGCUGGCGGAGCAUCCCACCGCCGACACCUUGCCGGCACAACGUCUGACGGCCACUAGCGGCACCCAGCGUCUGACGCGGAAGGAGGUGCCGUUGGCCGAGGGGGUGGUGGACCUGGAGUUCUGUGAAGUGGGUGGCGCGGCUGCGCUACGGCCGUUCUGGCAUCACUACCUGAAGAAAGAGCUGCGCUGCAUUGCCUUCUUUGUGAACCUUGAUGACGAGCGGCUUGAGGAGGCUACACGUGCAUUGGUGGCGCUGCCGGGGAGUGUGCUGCUAGUCGCCAGUGGCGAGCACAAGGCGGAGGCUCUGGCGCAUUUGCGGCACGCCUGGCGCUCCAAGCGCGGCGGGGAGCUUCCCAGCGUGCAGCUGAGCUUCUCCCGCAGUUCAACGGACGCGCUGUUGCAGGAGCUGGCCAAGGCAGUCUUGUGAUGGAAGCAAGGUGCUGCACUUGCCGAGCAAGAUGUCAUGUCUUGUAGUGAGCUAAAGUGCCGGACGAAUCGUCCAAAGGAUUGCCAAUGAAAUGGCUGCACGCACUGAAAGCCGAGAAGCUGGAUGCCGUUGCCAUUGUGUCUGUUGUUGUUGUUGUUGGACAUGCCCGUCUGAGCAUCGGAACCUUCACUUGAUCUAUUUGCCUCUGGGCGCCUGUCCUUGUCUCACCUGAAAGAAAUCUCUCAGAAAGUGUGUGCAUGAGUAUCUUUCUGACAUGUCUAGCUCCCUUUGUGAAGAGGCCUGCUUGAAGCGUUUUUCCAGUGUCAGGCAGGCUAUCCAAAAAGUAGCAAAGCGCUUUUAGGUUGAACUUCUCGCAGGG